CACGAGGGAUCACAAGCUCUCACAAGAACACAGAGAGAGGGAGGGAGGGAGGGAGAGAGAGAGUUGCAGCAAUGGGAAGGAGUCCAUGCUGCUCAAAAGAGGAAGGGUUGAACAGAGGGGCUUGGACUGCUCACGAAGACAAGAUGCUCACGGACUACAUCAAACUUCACGGAGAGGGGAAGUGGAGGAACAUUUCCAGAAAAGCAGGUCUGAAGAGAUGUGGGAAAAGUUGCAGGCUGAGGUGGUUGAAUUACUUGCGGCCUGACAUCAAGAGAGGCAACAUCACCAGCGAUGAAGAAGACCUCAUCAUCAGGCUUCACAAACUCUUGGGCAACAGAUGGUCUCUCAUUGCGGGAAGACUUCCAGGGCGAACAGACAAUGAAAUCAAAAACUACUGGAACUCCAAAUUAGCCAAGAGGGAACAUGGUGGGAAGAAGCCAAUCCCCUCCAAAACUGAGAAGAUCAAACCGAUCACCGCCUCCGCAGUGAUGCAGGACGAGACUCAGAACCUGGUGCUCGUCGGAGACUCCAUGCUUCGCAACACGGGAAUCGUUGCCCCGGCACCACCGCCAGCAAAUGGCGAGACGGCAAAGAGCAGGCAACUGUUGGAAUACGAAUCCAGUAACAUCUCAUCGCCCGCUUCCAUGUUUAGAGAAGAGCCCAACUUGGAGCCACUCAUGGUGGACUGCACUGUGGGGGAGCUGGACCUCCCGGAGAUUCUUGAUGGUUCUGAUUUUAGGUUCAAUGAGUUUGAAAACAUUUCUCCAGUGAUGAACACUGUUGAGAACGAGGGAAUGAGCGAGGACAACAACGCUGGAGGUGCUUCCCCUGGACAGGCACAUUACUGGUUGAACGAAGGAUUGGAGACGGAUAAUUGGAUCGCCGACCUCGCCGAGAUGAGCUCAGGUUUGGGAUCUCUCGAUUCGAUCCUGCACAAUGCCGAAGACUGGAUCCUAUAGAUUAAAACGCUUCGUUUUUGCGAGAAUAAUUUGAGUUUCUGAAAACGAUAGUCUCUCAGAGUGUGCAUCAAUACAUUGUAUACCUAGAAUUAAUCAUUGAAGUAAUAUUAGAAUGUUGUCU